AUGGCCGGCGCCAGCGGCGGAGGCGGCGCGGAGGCCAGCAGCUUUGGUGGCGCGGGCGCCAGCGACGGGCACAGCGGCGACGGCGCGGGCAUCGGCGGCGGCGGCACGGGUAGGGCAGUGGCGAGCGCGAGCCUGGGCGCAGGUGCUGAGGGCUCUGUCUCCAUUGAGGGGAUUAUGAAGUCAUCUGGGCAGUCUAUUAAGAGAAAGACAAUUGAUUUGAAAACUCUGUGGAGUAAAGCUGCAAAGUCAAAAAAGACAUCAGCUGAAAUCAAUUCAUCUUCUCCUUCCAUUCAAUUGCCUGUGCCUGACAAUGAGAUUGAGAUUGCUGCUAGCACGGAACCUGAUCUCCCAGUUCCAUUGUCCACAAUCAUUGAAAAUGAUGACAAUGAUGAUGCAGUUCAUGAAGAGGCUAAAGAGAAUGAAGCGGGUCAAGUGGAUGACAGUGAUGAUGGAUUUUAUGAUGUUGACUUGCUUCCGCGUGAUCCUGGGAAGAGGAUUCCAAUUGCAGAUUAUGAUAUCAAUGAUCAAGAUAGGGAUAAUAGUUGUGCUGGUGGAGAUGCUUUUGUGAAUGGGGGAUUUAAAAAUUGGAACCAUAAAGAGGCAUUUAAGAAACAUGUUGGUGAUAUUAAUAGUGCUCACAAUCAAGCUCAAGAGAAAUACGAUUUAUUUGUGAAACCUAAAACAUCAAUUGAGCAGUCAUUUGCUUCGACAACCAAACAGUACAAGGUUCUUUACAUAGCCCGCUUGACAUGGUCACUUAGGUGCAUAAGGUUUCUCUUGAGACAAGGGUUGGCUUUUCGUGGGCAUGAUGAAAGUGAAGAUUCUAAAAAUAAAGGAAAUUUCCUUGAGCUUUUAAAUUUUCUAGCAAAUAAUUUUCAAGAAGUUAACAAGGUGGUUCUAAAGAAUGCUCCGAAAAAAAAUAAAAUGAUAGACCAUAAGAUACAAAAGGAUCUCAUAAGCUCUUGUGCCAAGGAAACUACUAAGCUUAUUAUGGAGGAUCUUGGUAAUGAAUAUUUUUUGAUACUUGCUGAUGAAUCUAGUGAUGUGUCCCUAAAUGAACAAUUGGCUUUUUUCUUGCGUUAUGUUGAUAAAAAGGGAAAGCCAGUUGAGAGAUUUCUUGGUGUUGUCAAUGUUGAAGACACUACAUCUUUAACACUAAAAACUGCAAUUAGAAAUUUGCUUAUGGAUCAUCAGUUGAGCUUUUCGAUGGUCCGUGGGCAAGGAUAUGAUGGAGCUAGUAACAUGAAGGGUCACAUUAAUGGUUUGAAGAAACUUAUUAUGGAUGAGUCUCCUUCUGCUUAUUAUAUUCAGUGCUUUGCUCAUCAACUUCAAUUAACUCUUGUUGCUGUUGCUAAGGAGAGUGGUGAUUGUCAAUGGUUUUUUCAACAACUUUUAUAUUUAUUAAAUGUUCUUGGGAAUUCUUGUAAGAAGAUAAGAAUGCUUCGAGUGGCUCAAGCCGAGUCUAUCAUUGAAUCAUUGGAAUUGGGUGAACUUGAAACCGGUCAGGGUUUGAAUCAAGAGAUGGGAUUGGGAAGGCCAGGUGAUACAAGGUGGGGAUCUCACUAUAAAACUAUAUUGCAUAUUAUUGCUUUGUACCAACCAAUUCAGAAUGUUCUCAUCAAGAUUGGGGAAGACUAUAGUGGGACGGAGGCUAUAUCGGCUCAAACUAUGUUGACAUCAUUUGAGUCAUUUGAGUUUGUUUUCAUGUUGCAUUUGAUGGAAGAAAUAUUUGGGUACACAGAUGACUUAUGCAAUGCUUUGCAAAAGAGGGAACAAGAUAUUGUUAAUGCUAUUUCUCUUGUUUAUACCACAAAGGAACAAUUGCAGUUAUUGCGGGAAGAUGGUGGAUGGGAUACUUUCUUUCAAGGUGUCAUUUCUUUUUGUGUGAAGCAUAAGAUCAAAAUUGCUGAUAUGGAUGGUCGCUACAAGCCGGUUGGAAGAUCUGCAAGGUUCUAUGGUAAAGUUACAAAUAAACACCGCUUUCAUGUUCAUAUGUUUUUGGGUGUCAUUGAUAGACAACUUCGAGAGCUUAAUGACCGGUUUGAUGAGGUGAACACAAAAUUACUUAUUUGCAUGGCAUCAUUCAAUCCUAUUGAUUCAUUUGCUGCAUUUGAUAAGGAGAAUUUGGUUAAGCUUGCUCAAUUUUAUCCUAAGGAUUUCACAAAGGAUGAAAUGUUGAAACUUCCCAAUCAACUAAGAAAUUAUAUCGCAGAUGUGCGAAGGGAUGAGAGGUUUAAAGAUGUGAAAAAUCUUGCCGAUCUUUCUAUUAAGCUUGUUGAAACAAAGAAGAGCGGCACUUUCGAAGUUGUUUACAAGCUUAUCAAAUUGGUGCUAAUUCUUCCUGUAGCGACAGCUAGUGUUGAGAGGGUGUUCUCUUCAAUGACUUAUGUGAAGAAUAAGCUAAGGAAUAAAAUGAGGAGUCAAUACAUGAAUGAUUGUUUGGUCACUUUUAUUGAGCGGGACUUCUUUUUGCAAGUUGAGGAUGAUGCCAUCAUAGCUGCAUUUCAAAAGAUGAAGAACCGUUGUGAUCACUUUGGUAUUGAGCUUGGUAGAAACGUCAAGGCAUAUGUUGAUGAUGUGAUCAUCAAGAGUAGGACCAGGAAUGACCUGGUCGCGGACCUCCAAGAAAUGUUCAACAACCUUCAAAAGUAUCGCAUGAAGCUGAACCAGGAGAAGUGCACGUUUGGAGUCCCAUUAGGAAAAUUGCUCGGGUUCCUCGUAUUUAGUCGAGGAAUAGAUGCAAACCCCAACAAGAUUAGGGCCAUCGACCAGAUAAGAUACCUAACCAGAGCCACUGCUGAGACUCUAUUCUUUCUGGUCUACAACGCUGAAGCAAUGCUCCCCUUCGAGAUCGCCCUCCAGUCUCCUCGAGUGGCCAACUACUCGAAUGACGACCAGGUGGCUCUACGAGAGGAUAACGAUUUCUCGGAUGAGAGCGGUAUCCCGAUAGAUUGUGAGUGUUUUUGGUUCAAGAGCUCGACCGCCUGA